AUGGCUGGUGGCCGCCAAAUUCUUUCCCAGGACAUUGAUAUGUUGGACCUGUCCUUUGCCUACUCGCUCCUUGAGUCCAGCCUGGGAUGUAUCAAGUUACUGGGGCGCCAGUACGGUGCCUGUAGAUUUGAGGUCGUACCUGGCCACGAGUCAGUCUUGAAAGCUGACAGGACCCGUACUGGAAUCGCCAUUGUGAAGCAUUCAGUCCAGGUGCCAGAGACAGGUCUCUUCAAUUUGGAUACCGUCCGAGCGGCGCACAAAGAACACUUGCCCGGUUUUACGGAACUCACUGCGAAGAUUAAUAGCCUCCAAAACAACGGGCACAUCAAGGUGUAUCCACGCAAAUCACUAUUGAUCUUUCGCCUUGAACGAGUUCCUGAGCCCGGCGCUGAAACGGAGGCGAUCGCGAAAUGGGUCUAUGGGCAGCUCCUGAAGAAGCAUGAAGCCAAGAGCCAGGAAAGACGACAGCUCCGAGAUUUGCUGUUGGGCAACAGCUGUUUCUUAGCAACAAUGGCCAAAUACUUCGGCUCGCAGCUACCUGAUGGCAAAGCCCGCUGCGGCCGCUGCUCAGUCUGCCUUGACGGCAGAGCGGCCAAGACCCGCACCUUUUCUCCGAAAACAGUCGAUCUCAAUGAUGUCAAGGCAAUCCUGGGAGAGAUAACUGACCGGGAAAGUCCGAGAUUCCUUGCACGUGUGGCAAUCGGUAUACACUCGCCCAGGGUCAGGGAUCGGACCUCCAUCGUCACCCAUUGUUCGGGUCCAUGGCUGAUUGCAAAUUUGAGGACGUCCUGGAAGUUUUCGCAGGGGUUUGUGGCGUACCUUUAG